AUGAACUUCUCCGGAGGUAUGCUUAACAAGGUUAUUUUUGUAAUGGGGUCAACUGGUUCCGGAAAGACCAAACUCUCCAUCACUCUCGCUACUUAUUUCACAGCAGAGAUUAUCAAUUCUGACAAAAUUCAAGUUUACAAAGGCCUAGAUAUUAUCACCAACAAGGUCUCUGAAGAUGAAACUCGUGGUGUGCCUCACCAUUUGCUAGGGUUUGUGGACCCUGAUGAAGAUUUCACAGCACAAGAAUUUUGUGAACAUACUCUGAUGACCAUUCAUGGUAUUAUACAAAAGGGUUGUAUUCCGAUCAUUGUUGGUGGUUCUAACAAUUAUAUCAAAGCUCUUGUGGAAGAUCCAACUAUACAAUUUAGAAAAAAAUUUGAUUGUUGCUUUCUUUGGAUGGAUGUUUCAUUGCCUGUUUUGUGCAAGUAUGUGGCCAAACGGGUUGAUAAGAUGGUUGAAUUGGGGUUAGUGGAUGAAGUUAGAGAAAUGUUUGAUCCUGAGGCAGACUAUACACGGGGGAUCCGACGAGCUAUUGGGGCUCCAGAAAUGCACAGGUACUUUGAAAUUGAGGGUCAAGACAUGGUAGAUGAAGCCACUAAAAGAAUGUUCCUCAAUGCUGCCAUUGAAGAGAUAAAAGAUAACACUUGCAAAUUAGUGAAUAAUCAACUUGAGAAGAUUCGAAGACUUAGCGAUGAACAUGGGUGGGAGAUUCACCGGAUUGAUGCCACUAGUGUAUUUGAGAAGAAUGAGAAAGAAGCAGAAGAAGUUUGGGAGAAUGCAGUGAUGAAAUCUGCCUUCGAGGUAGUUGGUGAAUUUUUGAAAGAGAAGGGGCCAUGUUGA